GUUUAAAACCCUAGAAACUCAAAUUGUACGGGUCCUCCAAAUUCCUAGCUACUCCAACACCAAAAUUGUUCCCCAAAAGAUCAGUAUCCAGAAAGCGAAAACUGUCCCAUCUGUUUUUCUUGCGGCUAACGGAGAUGGCGGAUAUCCCGAAGACUGUAAUCUAUCACGAAAGGCAAAGGCUGCAGUUCUGCCUUUUACACGCUCUCAACAACCUCUUCCAGCAAAAAGACGCAUUCACUCGACCCAGCUUGAAUUCCAUUGCAGAGAAGCUGAUACUGGAUGAUCCCAACAAGCAAGGCUGGACGCCGUUUUCCGUUGUCUUCAAGCCCCACCACAAUGCUUUCACCGGGAAUUACGACAUCAAUGUCUUGAUUUCCGCCCUGGAAGAGAAAGGCAAGACCGUGGUUUGGCACGACAGGCGAAAUGGAGCUUCCACCAUCGACCUCGAGAACCCUCAGGGGAGUCUUUACGGUAUUGUGCUCAAUGUCCCUGUUAGACGCUACGUUGGAUUGUGGAAAGGCAGGCACUGGGUGGCCAUGAGAAAGAUUGAUGGGGUUUGGUAUAACCUGGAUAGCGAUCUUAGGCACCCUGUCGCUUUUGAAGAUAGUGAGGAGGUUAGGGGGUUCUUGGAUUACGUUAUAGGUCAUGGCUCCGAGGUUUUACUUGUCAUGAACCAUCAAGAUUAGUGUUCUUUCCCCCCUCCUUUUUUCCUUCUUACUAUUACAUAUUCUGUUGUAGUGUCAUGAUGAUUGAUGUUCAGUGUAUGCCUAGGUGUGCACUUUGAAUACGUGUCUAGGUGUGUUCCUCUUCUUUUGUAACUAGAUAGCCUUAAAGGGUGUAGAGUAUCUUGGGGGUUUCAACUGUGUGUUGAUGUUUACAUUUAGUAUGUACCACUGUUGCACACUAAGGGAUGGUGGAAAGGCUUCUAUUCUUUUAGAAGGCUGUAAGCCAUUCACUUUGCUUUUUUUGGCCCCAGGUUUUAAGCAAGCCAUGACCUGUCAUUCUCCUUAUCACCAGUUGAAAAGUUACUGUCCAUUAGUUCCAUCAUGGAGGUCAACUAGAUGCAUUGCUUGCCCCUAUCAGGAUGUGAAGUAUGGUUAACCUAAUGAAUCAGUGGUUACAGAUAUGUUUAUGUCUCUUGGUAUGUAUUUCCGGCGUCAUUACAGCGCAUCCCAUGU